AUGAAGAUGAACCGGCUCUGCCUCUCCGCAGCCCUCCUCUUCCUCCUGGUUAUCCUGGUGGACAGCACCCCGGUGUAUGAACACCAUACCCAGGACAAAGGUCAUGUGAUGAUUUCUGGAAAGCAACUGGAGAAACGUUCAGUAAAGGAGCUCCCAACACCAGUACUCCAAGAAGAGAAUAAAGCAGCUUCUAGGCCUGCUUUCUGCCUGGAGCAUAAAUUCUCAGGUCCCUGCAUUACCCCGAAGAUCAGAUACUUUUACAAUGCCAAGACUGGGCACUGUGAGCACUUUAUAUAUGGUGGCUGUAAUGGAAAGAAGAACAACUUCCUCACUGAAGAGGAGUGCAUUAAGACCUGCAUUCAAGGGUCAGGGUCCCUGUGGGCUUCCGGGAGCCAGAGACCGCGGGCUCCCAUGGAGACUGCCUCGCUGGUGGGACCUGGCGGCCCACAGCCACAAACACAGGGAUCCGCCUGCCUGCUACUCUGGAUCAAGGCCAAACUCUUCACCUGGCUGCCGGGCUCUGACCUGUUUCUCUGA